GUUUUUGUUUUGUUGUUGAGAUGAGACACAAGCGCGCCUUCGCCCCUUGUGCUCACUCUCAUCUAGCACCCAUCAAAGCCUGACCAGGGAGUCAGUUGAUAAGAACAUCUAUCUACAUUUCUCUUUCCAGAGCUCGCUCGGGCCUACCGAUCUCACAGCAGUGUAGACCAACCUCUGUGAUAGAGCGGUGACAGCAGUGUAACCUCUGUGGUAGACUACAAAGUCUACGAGCUACAGCAGCACCGCCACCUCCGCUGCUGCAGGACGCCACAUUCUGUGAGGUUAUGAGCCUCGCUUUACGCGAACACUAGGAGCUGCGGACGUCACGACGGAGGUCAAGACAUCCUACUGCUGUGGACUACAACAUCCGUCUGUGGACUUCGAGCGGAAAUCUGGAUUCGGAGAUUUGGGAGAUCAUCAACGGUCAGCGGAAACGAAAGUGAGCGCACUACUUGGUCAUCUACACCAAGGGGCAGAGAGUUCAUUAUACACACACGUUAUCACUGCUGCAACAGCAGUAGUGGGUACCUCUGUGGUGAACAAACAGCAAAGUGUUGCGCGGGAAGCCUCGAUUUAGACAUUGAGCAAAUACUUCUGCGGCGGAGACAGGAGGGAAGACUGUAUCAACAGCGAAAGUCGACCGGGAACCGUAGUCCUAUUCACCGAUUCCCUAAGUGAGGAAAGGGUAUCAGGAGCGGGGUCGCAAAUUGGCCUACAACCGGAGUUCUAUUCACCAAUUCUCUAUCUAGGUGAGAAAAGGGUUUCAGAAGCGGGGUCACGAAUCGGCAACCGGAGUCCUCUAUAUCAAUAGAAGGAGCGGGGCUGGAAAAAUCUCAGCGACAGAUAGCUGAGUAAUACACCAACAAAAAUAUUAAAGACGAGAUCAUCAGGAUAAAACCAGAAAUGGAAGCAAAAUCGGAAACUGGAGGCGGAGGCAGCAUCUGGAGUGAUGGAUCCACAAACCUGGCCAACGUCAUCAGAGGACUCCCCAAGUUCGAUGGAACGAAACCAGAGGACUUCAACGACUGGAUGAAGAAAUUGGGUGUAGUCGUCGGCGUUACUCGGAGGGACAUCAUGCCACUUCUCAAGGGAAUGCGCAGGCCUGAUCCCUCGGACACCACCUUCGCCGCAUACGAGAGAGCAAAACAAGACCUCUACGCAAUCCUAUUCUGCCUCGUCGAACUGUCGGCUGCACUAACCGUACACAAGCACAGAGACGACAACGGCCUUAGCGGCGACGGACAGGCAGCAUUCGCGGAACUGAAGGCCAACUACAAUCGAGUGACAGAUGAAGUGAUCAGGGCUAAACUGGACGACCUGGAAAGGACGGUCAUGGAGCCAGGAGAGAACCCGGACGAUUUUUUCAACAAGAAACACCGCCUCCGCUCUCAACUAGAGAAAAUGGGGGAAACCAUCUCCGAUCGCCGCUUCAAGGACAUCUGUGUGCAAGGUUUCUCCGAGGACUACAAGGACAUCAAGAUGAUGGUUUUCCGCGACCCAUCAUUCGACGUACAACAGAUGCAAGCCACCAUGCGCAACAUCUUCCUUGACGAGCAAAUGCGCAAGAGAACCAAGGGCCAAAUCGCUGGCCGCGUAUUCGCCAUGGCUACCAAGACAUCUGGCCCCAUCUGCUUCGAGUGCAACGAACCGGGACAUGUCAGGAGGAACUGUCCCAAUCGCCAGCGGGAGGGCCAUAGGGCAAAGAAGACGAAGCCUGCGGGAGCAACCAAGUGGUGCUCCGUCCAUAACACCACUACACACUCCGACGAAGAGUGUUACAACCAAGGAGCCAAGCGACCAGAACGCACGGGCAAGACCUUUUCUGCAUGCACCAACUGCGUGCACUGCUCAACCCAGACAGGAGACACACACGCCAAGCCUACCAUAACGGAACCUCCCAAAGAAACAGAGAAGACCGAGAAGGCAGAGAUCGGCUUCUCUUACGACGAAGAUGCAUUCAAGGGUGGAUUCAUGUACCAUGCUACAUGCAGCAAGGGAAGCGGACGCACUUUCACGACAACUGCAACUGGGACUUCCGCGCUGGUGGAUUCUGGAGCUUCUGAAACCAUGUUCGACGACCGCCUCAUCCCGAAUGGACGUCUCGAAGAAGAACGCCCGACGCCCAAGAUCAUCGACGUUGCAGGAGAAAGCCAACUACGAGGCACUACCACUGGGAUCCUACACUGCACCAUCAAAGACGACAAAGAACAGCAACUACCCGUCAAACUACAAGGGUUCUUGGGGGAGACAAACCAAGAGAUCAAAACUCCGAGCACGUACACCGAAGCCAUGAACUCACCACAACGCGAGCAGUGGAAAAGCGCUAUCGACACCGAGAUGGGUAAUCUCGCCAAGCACAAAGUCUUUAAGAAAGUACGCAUCAGCCUGGUACCGAAGGAUGAGGACAUCUUCGACACACGCUUCGUGUUCAAGAUCAAGGCCGACAGCCGCUUCAAGGCCCGCUUAGUCGCGGGGGGACACCGCCAACGGGCAGGACGACACUACGGAGAGAACUACGCUCCAGUAACCCGAUUGGGUAGCAUCCGCAUGUUAUUCGCCAUCGCUUGCGAACACGGAUGGGAGGUGUACCAAUUGGACGUGGUAGCUGCAUUCCUGAACGCGUACACCGACAGAGACGUCUACGUCAGGCCGGCGCCAGGCGACGAGGAGAGGGACCCUACGACAGGUGAAAUGAUGGUCUACAAACUGGAGAAAAGUCUGUACGGCCUGUCACAGUCCCCGUCACUGUGGAACGACGCCAUCAAUGACAGACUCAUCAUCUUCGGCUGGCACUUCGAAAUGACAGACAUGGGAGAGCGAUACGGAAUGGAACAGGCAAACCCGGUCAGCACCCCCGGGUAUGGAGCAGAACUAUCAACCGAGCAGCCACAAGACCAACUACUCGGACCCGAGGACAAGCAGAGAUUCCAGGCCAUCACCGGGAGUCUCCUGUACCUUGCCCAGUGCACCCGCUACGAUAUGUCAUACGCAGUGCACCAACUGACACGGGCAUGCGCAAACCCAGCACAGGUCCACAUGGCUGCGGCCAAGCACCUACUACGGUACCUACGCGGAACGCCGGACCUGCCGAUCGUGUACAAGAAGGGGCAGUUCAGACUCUCGUGCUUCACUGACUCGUCAUUUGGAGCCAACCCAGACAACGGCAGGUCUACCACCGGAUACCUGUUCUUCCUAGGAGGGGGACUGAUCAGCUACGGAGCCAAGGCACAGACUCUCGCAGCACAGAACACCGUGGAGGCCGAACUUCAAGCGCUGAGCUUCAGUGCUCGCGAGGCAGUCUACAUCUCCAACUUCAUGACGGAAAUCGGAUUCAAGACCUUUCGAUCGGUACCCAUCAACAGCGACAGCACCGGAGCAUUGACUGUGGCCAGCAACGCGAUGUUCAGCUCUAGAACCAAGCACAUCGCGCUCCGGUUCUUCUUCCUCAGGGAACUCACGAAGGGGCACCGGAUCACUCUUCACCACCAACCUAGUGCCACGAUGUUGGCGGACAUCGCGACGAAACAUCUCCCGAAGCAGCGAUUCGCCACCACCAUGCAACUCAUCAAGGACUACAAGUGCUAGAAGAUAUUAAGCACAAGAUCGCAUAGUAUGGUUGAAUGUUUUGGACGCGUGUAUUGCUCACAGGAUGGAUUAACUCAUGUGGAGGUCGAUAUUCUUUGAUGUGGAUUGGGAAUCGAGGGGUCGCAAAAAUGGCAGCGAAGUGAAGUUUUGGAACAUCGGCUACUUGCCUCAUCGAGGGGUCGUGUCGAGGAAAACUGUUACAACGUAGUCAGGCACAGUUUUCCAUAGGUGCGACUGCGGCAACUAGCCUUCCGUAGACAUAAUACAGAAAGAAGAGAUGGUACUCAGCAGAGAACAUGAGCACAGAGUUGUAGCGGAGAUAUGUUGGCAGGCGAGACUGUAGUUGUUUUAUUGUUCCGAACCCCGAAAUUCCGGUACUCGGGCCAUUACUCCGGAGACCCUCGGAACCUGCUGUGUUUUUGCUGCUUGUUUUUUGUUUUUGUUUUGUUGUUGAGAUGAGACACAAGCGCGCCUUCGCCCCUUGUGCUCACUCUCAUCUAGCACCCAUCAAAGCCUGACCAGGGAGUCAGUUGAUAAGAACAUCUAUCUGCAUUUCUCUUUCCAAAGCUCGCUCGGGCCUACCGAUUUCACAGCAGUGUAGACCAACCUCUGUGAUAGAGCGGUGACAGCAGUGUAACCUCUGUGGUAGACUACAAAGUCUACGAGCUACAGCGGCACCGCCACCUCCGCUGCUGCAAGACGCCACAUUCUGU